GGUGGCGGCUUCGUGGCGUCUGCUGGCACGCCGAACGUCCAUGAAUACGUCCGAAGCAGCACGGCCACCGUCACACGAUCGCCAAUGUUGUGUGCUUCGCUACGCGCACCUUCGCCGUCGACGUGCACGCCGUACAGUCGGGUUUUCACGACGCGCCAUUGCUGUUGUUCCCACCGAAGUCGAGCCUUCUUCACUUGGCGAGGACGAGCGAUGGACGUGGACGGGGACGCGGUUCAUGACACACUCAGCAAGGCGGAGAGGGCGGCUGUGGCAGCGGCCGUGAACAUGAUACUCAUCAGGUGUCAGCAGAGGACGGAGGGGAGGAUGAGAGCAGCCAUUCGCGCACGCCGGAAGAAGACGCUGCAGUCCAUUCAUGUGGACGAAGAGGGCGGUGGUGCCAUUUGCGACGCUGUCCUUCAGGUGUGCUAUGCCAUGGGGUGUGGAGCGUUUCCUAGAGCGACGCCGAGGUGGUGGAUGAAGCGUCGAACAGGGGGGGUGUGGGAGGAUCUGCGGCAAUGUGAUGACUCGACGGAAGACUACUUCAAGGACAAGCUGCACAUGUCGCCACGAGUGUUCCAGGAGAUAGCGGAAACUCUGUCUUCCUUCCUUCAACGGCGUGUCAAGUUUUAUAGGGAGCCCCUCCAGCCUGACCUCAUCGUAGCGUUCGCUUUGUACAGAUGGGCGUCGAGGGAGACGUACGAGAGCGGGACGUGCAGCUUCGGCAUUGGCAGAAAGUCUGGGUUGGUGGCUGUGCGGGAUGUUACAUCGGCGUUGCUGAGUGCGUACCGCGACAAGAUAUUGUGGCCAACGGGGCUGCAAAAGGCGGUCGUCUUGCACGCUUUCACUGACAAGGGUUUCCCCAACUGCCAUGGCUGCAUCGAUUGUACCCACAUCUUCAUCGACAAGCCAGCCAAUUGCCUCGGAGAGGACUACUACGACAGAAAACGCCGUUUCUCCGUCCAGGCUCAGGUGGUCGCCGAUCUGAACUUGCACGUGCUGGAUGUGUUCGUCGGAUACCCGGGGAGCUGCCAUGACGUGAGGAUCGUCCACCUGUCCAGUUUGUGGGCGCGUGCGGAGGCAGGGGAGCUUUUCACUGGGCCACCUGUCAUGCUGCCUUUCGGUGUGCGAACGAACAGCUAUCUACUGGGCGACAAUGGUUACCCCCCCUCGGAAUGGGUAGUCGUCCCCUACGGCGGUGUAUCACAGCACCCGUCGGAGAUUCGGUUUGACAACAAGCAGAAGACGGCGAGGGGAGCAGUCGAGAGGGCUUUCGGCAGAUUGAAGGGGAUGUGGAGGUUGUUCCUUCACUCCCACAAGACGAACAUGGAGACGUUGCCGCAGCAAUUCGUCGCCGUCUGCAUUCUGCACAACAUACUCAUCGACGCGGGCAUCCCGUUCGACGACAAUCUGCUGUGGGAGGUCGGGCCGGACGGUGUUCGUCGCAAGGUGGACCUUGGGAUGCACCGGCCGUUGAGGCAGAUGUGUAUGGAGGCGUCGACGGGGGAUGCGCUGAUCCUGCGGGAUGCACUGGCAGAGCGAAUGGGGGUGAAGGCAUGCGAUGUCAUGGGGGAGGGGGAUGACGACGACGCAUUGGUGAAUAGGCUGCGCCAGCGGAAUACGCGGGAAGGAAUGGAGGCGGCGGCGAAGCUGUGGGUGGAUGACCUCAGCUUCUGGAACGAGAGGGAGGGAUUUGCCAUCGUCAAGUUGAUCGCGGAGGCGCGUGGUUAUCUUGUGGCUGUGGCGAGGGGAGAGCAGCCUCCGCCCAUUCGUCGCAGCAUCGUCUUGCCUCACAACAGCAUCCCGCAGCACAAGAUCGCGGACGAGUCGGAGUUAAACGCUGCGAAGGAGAGGGCGCUGAAGGUUCAGCGGAUCGCUUUGUGGGUGAUACACGGGUGGGUCUUCAAGUCUCAAAACAGGCAAAGGGGGUACCAUGCGGCGUACCAGUACGCACUCAACCACGCGGCCACCGACAUCGCUCGCGCGAUGUGGAUGGGGGAGGACUGGCGUUAUGGGUCCACCAAAGGUUCUUCGUAGACGACGGGUGGCGCAGGCGGUUUCGGCAAGAGGAAGAGCACAAGGCAGCAAACAUUU